UAUUCAAUAUGCAGCUUGCACUUAAAUAAUUUAUUUGCUUUUUUAACAUGUAUGUAGCUAUAUUAGCUACUGUUCCUCCGAUUUUUACCCAAACAAGCUGUUUCAAAUAAAUUCCUCAAAUAAUUUCCAAUCUAUCUUGAUCACAGUUGUGGCAAACCAACUGUUCAAAGUCCUGAAAUAAUUUCCAAUAUAUCUUAUAACUAGAGUUGUGAAUUACAGAGUCAGACAAAAGACGAUUUAAACGAUGUUUGUAUCGGCCUGCUUGAGCUUGCUGUUGCUUGCUAUUGGAAACAUUUCAGCAAACCAGUGUUCCCCGACGAAUUACGACAUAAUCAUCAGAGGAGGUCCAUCAUUGCCUGCGGAUGAAAUAAUAUCAAGACACAAUGUUACAUCGUCAGAUGUCAUGUUAGGAUGUCACACUCACUGCAAAGACGAAGACAAAUGUGUUGGAUUCAACUACAGAACAACAAAAAAUGUCGAAAAUUGCCAACUGACCAACGUUACUAGAAAGCAAGAAGAAACGAAACUAACCGGAGAUUGGAUAUUGAUGCGAAAUGUUGAAGCAGCAAGAAAGGCGGUUGAAGAAGAAAAUCGUACCAGGAAAUCAGGUCUUCACUGCGCUGAUUUGUAUGAAAAGGGAAAGAAUAAAAGUAGAAUUUAUGAAAUUAAUCCUGAUGAAAAGGGAAGUUUCAAAGUGUUUUGUGAUAUGACAACAUCAGGUGGAGGAUGGACUGUAUUUCAACGUCGUCUUGAUGGAAGUGUUGACUUCUACCGAGGAUGGCAAGAUUACAAACAAGGUUUUGGUAACUUGAGCGGAGAAUAUUGGCUUGGUCUUGACAAAAUACACAGGAUGACAAAUAUUUCACAAAAUGAACUUCGUAUCGACAUGGAAGAUACAUCUGGAAACACCAGUUUCGCUCAUUAUUAUUCAUUUAAAGUCAGCAGUGAAAAUGAGAAGUACAAGUUGAAUGUUGGAGGUUAUCAUGGUACAGCAGGAGACUCGUUGAAAAAACAUGACGGUAUGGCUUUCAGCACCAAAGAUUCUGACAAUGAUAUUGGCAGGGCUAACUGUGCCGUGUCAUUCAAAGGAGCCUGGUGGUAUCGUGCUUGUCAUGAUUCAAAUUUGAAUGGUUUGUAUCAUUAUGGCGAUCACAAAUCGGACGGUGAUGGAGUCAACUGGAGACAUUGGAAAGAUCAUUAUUAUUCUCUGAAAUCAACAUCAAUGAAGAUACGACCACGUGAAUUUGGAAAGAAGAAGUAAAGUUGUUGAAAAAUAAAGAACUAAAUAGACAUAAGGUUUACUUUACAAAAAGUGUAGUGCACUAAUACGUAUCAUGUUAGUUUUUCAAAAUAUUUACAAUAGAGAU